UUCAAGCACACGCCCCAGCUCUCCCUGUUCAGCCUCUCCCAGUCAGCGGUCCAGCAGCGAGCUCCGCGCGUCCUCUCCGCGCGUCCGCUCCGCCACGCUGAUGAUUCGCCGGGCGCAGGAGGAGGUGCGCUCGGGUACAAGUGAACUUGAGAGGAACGUUAACCCCAUGAUUUUCUUCCCGAAGCACAGUGAAACCAGUGUCGCGUACCGGACGCAUAUUGAGUUCUUUUGCGUGUUUUAUUUUUGUUAUUAUUAUCAUUGUUGUUGUGGCGCACCUGGUUGCUCCAGCGCGCGCGCUACACGCUUAGCGGAACAUCCGAAUUGGAGCCCUCUUGGCGUCAACCCCGGGAGUGAAGGGUAGAAGCCGUGUCCCACUGAGGAUGCCGAACAGAUACUGUGUGUGCAAAAAGAAGUAUCCAGGUGCUAAAAACCACCUCUUGCAGUCAUGAGGAAUAGAGGGUGUGUGUUGAGGGCAUAUGACCAACGCUGUGUUUCUCCUCUCUAAAACACUGAACAGGCUGAAGACGCAGUCCUGAAGAUUGAUGGAGGGCCAUGCUAUUCAAACAGCAGGCAUUGCUGAGACAAAAGCUCUUCGUUCUGGGCAGCCUUGCUAUUGGAAGUGUCCUUUAUCUGGUGGCCAGGGUCGGGACCUUGGAUAGGCUACAGCCCAUUUGCCCCAUUGAAAGCAGGCUGCCCCCUCCUGAGCCAGAGCAAAUCCCUAUCCGCACCCUGCAGUAUAAGCGUGGCCUGCUCCAUGAAUUGCGUAAGGGCAAUGCCACCAAAGAACAAAUCCGCCUGCACAACCUGGUCCAGCAGCUGCCUCGGGCCAUCAUCAUUGGGGUGCGCAAGGGAGGCACCCGUGCCCUGCUGGAGAUGCUCAACCUUCAUCCAGCGGUGGUCAAGGCUUCACAGGAGAUUCACUUUUUCGACAAUGACCAAAACUACGCCCGUGGAAUCGACUGGUACAGAGGGAAAAUGCCCUUCUCCUUUCCCCAUCAGAUCACCAUUGAGAAGAGCCCUGCCUACUUCAUCACUGAGGUGGUCCCUGAACGCAUCUUCAAGAUGAACUCCUCUAUCAAGCUGCUGAUCAUCGUCCGCGAGCCCACUACCAGAGCAGUGUCUGACUACACGCAAGUUCUGGAGGGGAAGGAGCGCAAAAACAAGACCUACCACAAGUUUGAGAAGCUGGCCAUAGACACCAACACCUGUGAGGUGAACACAAAGUACAAAGCUGUCCGGACAAGCAUCUACACCAAACAUCUGGAGCGCUGGCUCAAAUACUUUCCUGUGGAGCAGUUCCACAUCGUGGAUGGGGAUCGACUUAUUACAGACCCGCUGACGGAGCUGCAGCUCGUUGAACGCUUCCUCAACCUACCCUCAAGGAUUAGCCAAUAUAAUCUGUACUUCAACGCUACCAGGGGAUUUUACUGUCUGCGAUUCAACAUUGUCUUCAACAAGUGCCUGGCAGGCAGCAAGGGCCGCAUCCAUCCAGAGGUGGACCCGUCAGUGGUGACUAAACUGCAGAGGUUCUUUCACCCAUUCAAUCAGAAGUUUUACCAGAUCAUUGGUAGAACAUUCAACUGGCCAUGAUUAGAUUUGAAUUUCUCAAAGGAGAUUUCUGGAUUCCUUUUUUUUAAUUGAAGGAAGAAAGAUAAGCCACGCUUCAGGAUCUCAAAAGAUAAUAAUAGCACUUUGACUGAAUUUAAUAAAAGAACAACCGUGUGACCAAAUAUAAAAGGAACUUGAUGUAAGUUUGUUUUUAUGUGUGAAAAUAAAACAAAAAUAGUUUGACUGGUUUGUCUAAAAGAUUCAGUUCAAAGCACUUGAUCUUGCAAAUGAUCUGUCAAUGUUCCCCUUGAAGAUAAAAAGAAACCCAGUACGGAACUGUGAUUAAAUAAAGAGAUUAUUUUUGUUGCUUUUUAAAAGACUAUCAAACAAUGACAUUCAUGCUUUCCGUGUGAUGCUUUUUUCAUGGCAAAACUGUAAAAGACGACAAAAUCAUAUGCCAUCAACAACAACAUUGUUCAUUUGUUACCCAUCAUGUUGUUUAUUUGACCAAAACUGCAUGUGCAAUCAAGAUGCCAUUGUAACAUUGUAGGAUCUUGUAUUAAUUAGAUCAAUUAGUUGUCUUCUGUCUCAUUUUUGUUGACCACAUUUGAUUUUUAAGUCAUGCUGUGAUUGGUCCAUUUGAAAGUCACCUCUAAUGCUCAACCCAGUAUCAUUCAGAAAAGGAUAAUCAGAAUAGAAUCAAGAGUUAGGAGUUUGACUCAAAUCCUUCAGAGCAUUUUAGACUUGAACUCUGGUUUUAUUGUAAGUAUGUUGUUUCUUCCCCUACAGCGUACUCACUGGUUUGCGAAAUACCUGGCAAAAAGCCAUAGUGGGAAAAAAAAGUUUUCCUGUCCUUUGAUGACUUGUCAAACCAACAGCUUCUUCUAAAAUGAUUAUUAAAAUCUUUAUGUUUAUGUGCAGAUAUU